AAUGAGCGCUUCACGCCGCCGACCCGAGCCCCAGUAGCCCGCCGGUUUCCCCUCCAGCUCCCCCGCUUCCAUUAUUCUCUCCUAUCGCUGUUUUUAUCUGCUUUUACGGCGACUCCACUCCGCAGCAGCGGCGUUUAAAGAGCCACGAAAACGGACAUUCUCCUCCUGCAUUCCUCUUUAGACACAUUGCCCUCCUUCUCCCCUGCACAAAGCAAAAGCACGAUCAUGAGUAUUAUCCAAGACAAAUUAGCCAAUGAGUUUUUGCGGAACGGUGGCAUGGACCCAAAUUUUUCACCAGGUAUGCUUAUGUUCAGCCACCUGCCUCCUGUCACCAGCUUUACACGGCUGGCCUCCCAGUCGGUCAUGGGAGAGCUUUCCCAGGAGAUGAUCAUGAAAAAAGAACGGGACUCGCCGCCGGAACACCAGGGCGCCAAUGCUGUUAACACCGGGGGCUUCCUCCACAGCAUGGGCAUUAAGCAGGAGCGGUUAAAUGAGCUGGAUUACCGCAUGCCCCUCUAUGGUGGGGGUGGAGGAGUGGCGAUGAACUGUGUUGGAGGGGGCGCGGGGAAGAGUGGCAACGACAUGCAGGACAUGUCUUUCGGUAACCACCACCAAAAUCACCAGAACAUGCUCCUGCAUGACCUCAAUCUCAGCAACGUCCGUAGCCUGGCUGAACCGAUUCCUGGAAGACCGGGUAAAGAGCCAAAAGAGUCCUCAGGUAGAAGAGGGCGGAGGAACAAUGGGGACGGGCAGGGAGGCAAAGCCCGAAGGAAACGUAACGAUGCUUCGAAGGCCAUGAUGUUGGAUCCAGAUGGAGCCUGCCUGUCCCCCAAUUCAAAACCACAUAUCUGCGAGCACUGUAAUGCUGCCUUCCGCAGCUCCUACCACUUGCGCAGACAUGUGCUCAUACAUACAGGUGAGAGGCCUUUCCGGUGCAGCCAGUGUAACAUGAGCUUCAUUCAGAAGUACCUCCUCCAGCGGCAUGAGAAGAUCCACAGUGGAGAGAAGCCUUUCAGCUGUGACCAGUGUAACAUGCGCUUUAUCCAGAAGUACCAUAUGGAGCGGCACAAAAGGACGCACAGUGGCGAGAAGCCAUAUCGCUGCGAAACCUGCCAACAAUUUUUCUCUAGAACAGACCGGUUACUGAAGCACAAACGGACUUGUGGAGAAGCCAUAAAGAAGGGCCUGGACCCAAGCAUGCUGGAGCUCAGCGAAGCGGAGCUAGGCCACGGCAGCUAUUCACUCACUCAGGGAAACUCUACCACCUCCGGACGCAAGAGGGCCAAGUCCAAAAAUGGAGAGGGCGGUGAGCGCAAGAGGAAGAAGAAUGCUUCAGCAGCAGCAGCCUCAUCCUCGGGGGGGAUGGCCCGAGACAUGGGCCUUCAGGACUUCGGCAUGGAGCACCCCUCAGGUUCGGGCCCCGCCAUGCAGGGCCGCACUCCCAAACUGGUCUUUAAAAAAGCUGGCCGUAAAGGCCUUGACAAGGGCCUCCUCUCUCUGGAUGACAGUACUGAUGGACAAAAACAGAAACAUGACUCCAUGGAUCAUUUGGAGGAUUCUGGCCUUGACAAUAUGGGUCUACUGCAGGGCAACAAGCAGGGGCCCACCACCAGCAGCAACUACGAUGAUGCAAUGCAGUUUGUGAAAAAGCGGCGCUACCUCCAUGCAGUUAACAUUGACUAUGGAGCCAGCUCUCUUCACAUGGCAAACCAAGGCAAUAGUGUAGUCCAGGGUUCCCUGGGGCAUGAGCCCACGCUGGCCAUGCUGGACUCGUCGCCUUUGGACCUCAAGCACGAUAAGUCGGGCAUUCCAGAUGAGGUACUGCAAAGCCUGCUAGACCAUUAUAGCCAUAAGCCAGAGGGGGGACACCACCAUGACGUGACUUUCGACUUGUCAGACCAUCCACACCAUGUUGACCUCCAACCAGCAGCCCCUGUUACCCCCGAGCUGGACGAUGACUCGCCUAAUGGGGGUGAUAAAACGGCAGUGAUGAGCGAAUACUCGAAAUUUCUCCUGCAAGCCCUGGAGCGCACCAGCCAUAGUGGGCCCUUCCCCAGUCUUGGUCCAACGGGGCCUUUCCCUCUCUUGUCCAAUAGCUCCAGUCCCACAGGGCCCCUGUUCUCUGACAAACACGUCUACUCCACAUCCCCACUGGAUUGUGUCUACCCGCCUUCUGUCUCUUCCCCAGUCCCCGUCGUUGCCCCGUCAUCCGUCUCUUCCUCGUCCUCCUCCAAGUCCCACUAUGGCAUGCUCGUCAACUCGCCCUCCCAGGCAGGUUACCACCUCGGUUUGGAACCUACCAGCCACCAGCAGCUGACCCCAUCUCAGGAGCUGACCGAGCAGUUGGAGAAGCAGCACUCUCCCGGCAACUUCAACCUACCUCCCCAGGACCUGACUGCCACAGACGGUUCCAAGGGGCAGCAAUCCAAGGCUGGAGGAAACGUUGCACCAACCAACGGCUCCAGCUACCCAGACCUGUCCUCUCUGAACCCCCCUAAAGAAACCAUGUACCAGAUUGAGAACUUUGCCCAGGCCUUUGGUUCCCAGUUCAAGUCAGGGCGGCGGACCCCUCUGGGCUAUGGCAGUGAUCCUGGGGCAGAGGUCGAUCAUCAAAUACGGACUCCAGUGUCAGAAUUCUCAGGGUAUACCAGUUUGUUAGCUGACGUCAGUGAGCCAGUGAGUACAGGAUCAAAAACCCAGACAAGCCAAAGUUUCAGAUAAGGGUCAAACAAGGUGAAUCCAGUUGGGGGCCGUUCUGUUACUGUCCAUACGGCCCCUAUACCCUUCCUAAUUUUGUUCUUGUAGCAAAGUUUUGUUUUUUAAACACUGCCAUUAAAUGUUAAUACAAAAUGACCAGGGAGGGUCUUCCAUGGCCUCAAAUGCAAUUUUUUUAAAUAUGCUCAUUUUUAUUAUGUAUUUAGUCGCUUAAUUUCUGAGUAGUGUUUUUUGACAUGAACGUACCGUAGAUUUAAAUGUAAUUUAAAAACAUUUAGAGGGUAGCUAUGACAUUGCUUGAUUUGUUCUUUUACUUUCUUCUUCUUUCCUGAACCCUUGUGUUUUACCAAUCAUCAAACCAUUCAUUGUAAAGUAAUAAUGAAUAAUGUUGAUACGUUCAAUAAUAAUAAUUGUGGCAGGGAAAGGCCCAGAAUUCAAAUGGCAAAAAAGUAUAUAUUGUCUGUUACAAGGAACCUUUUAACUCAGGAAAAUAGGCAAAAUUGUGUAAUAAGACUUUGUAUUAUGAGAUGCAAAUUAGCACAGUUUUUACAGGUGUACUUUGAGACUACAAAGCUUUGAUUUUGUUUUCGCGUUUUUUAUUUUUUUUAACUCAUCAGAACAACAAAUUACAAGACCCGAUCAUGUUUGGUUUCUACUGCGCGCAGCUUUGUGGAGAUUAUGGUACUGUUGUGUCAAUGUGAAGACAUCCGAGGUAAUACAAAUUGAUGUUGAUGCACAUAACCGACUGUGGUUUCCUUGGCACGCGCCGCUGUCGGGUGACGAAGUCUGUCUGACCAUGCACUCCUCUAGUCGUGCUCACCAGCGACCACUAGAAAAGACAGCAGAGACACAAAAACACUCAUCGCCGUCAGGGCUGCCUCAGAAUGCAAUGAACGGCGAUCCGUGAUCUUUUAUCAUGCUGUUGCUGAAGUGACUUUUUUAUUUUUAUUUGUCUUUAAAAAAAAAAAUAGUCACCAUUUUUCUGCUCCAGUCCUUGCUGUUCCUUUUUUUUGUGUCAAUGAAAUCAAACAAGCACUUUUAAAAACAAAACAAAACACCAUUGGAAACAACGACGACCCAUUCAAUUGGCAUAUGUGUUACGCGACUAUUAUGCUAAUGAUUUAAUAUUAUUUUAAGAGGAGAAAACUGUGAAUUGGGGUUGGGAGGGGGGGGGCUGGAUUAUUGUCUAAUGGGUUUUGAUAGGGGUUGACUAGGCAUGACGACGGGCAUUUAAGUGUAUUUUGUUGCUUUUUUCAAGGGUUGAAGAGAGGGAGGGCUCGGGGAGGGCUUAUUUUUCUUCUUACGGUUUGUCGGGUGAUAUUGUAAAAAGAUGAAUUUUUUUGCCAUAAUUUUGUUAUACAAUAUUUUGAGAGUACCUCUUUGUAUUUAAGUGUUUUGAGAGACAGGCUGACAUGCUGGAACCCUAAUAUCUUUAUCCCAAACCCUUUUAUUUAUUCUCCACUAGCCACAACAGAACUCAGUAGCAGGUAUUUUAUUUUCUGCAUGUAAUCACCGGACCUACACCCUUACCCCACAUUCCCGUUUUUUUUUUCUUUUUUUCCCCCACCCCUCAGUUCUAGUAAUUGCAAGAAACUGCUUCAAUAAAACAGCUCAGAACCUGAAAAGUUAAGUUAUACCAACCUCCCCUCCCCAAAAUGCAGCCCUGCACUCACAAGAAUAAACAAUGGCCUUCUUUGUCUUCCGUGGCUCGAGCCAUUCUAUCCUGGCAGCCAGGGUUGAUAUUUAAUUUAGUUGAUUUCCUGUGAGCCCCCCUUACCCCACCCACCCCACCUUUUCCCUUUUCCUAUGUCUGUGAGCUCCACAGCCAAGAGACUUUGAAGCUGCUCAGAUCACAGGGAACAAAGACUGACCAGCCACGUCACUCCGAACACACUAUGCUUUUUAAUGGAGAGAGAAAAGAAAAAAAAGACAAUAAGAUUGACCUAAAUAUACCUCAUAUCACUAAAGCGUAAGAAAGCAGGGACACGCGUUUCAUGUAUGUAGUGGAAAUAUUUGUAGUAUAGGUUCGACAUAUUGUAUAAUCAUUUAACACUGCCUGUGUUUACAAUUAUUGAGUAGAAUGACUCAAAAAUGCAAAUGUAUUUUUUUUCUUUUUCUGUACAAACAUCCACGCCAAGCAGUGUUGCAUUCUAGAUGCCUCAUAGAACAUUCAUUUUUCUCUUGUUAUAUCCCUUAUUUUUGUUACUUGCCAUAAUGUGUUUUGAUAUGAUCUCUAGAAGGAUAUUGUUUACAAAAAUGUACAAAAACACUAAAAAUGUGUGUUCUCAAAUCUUUUUGUUUAUUUUUUUUAUUUUUAUUGAGUUUUUCUCCAGUAUGCAUGAUAAAGACAUUUUUGUAUGGCUUUUUUUGUCACCUCAAUACCAAAUUUUGUAGCAGAAGCCUCCCCAUUCCUUUGUCUUAUUUGUUCUAGGCCCCUUGUGAUAUGAUUUCCCAGGCUGUACCUGUUAUUGAGAUGAUGAACGGAUUAGAGAAGCCAAUAAAACUUUUUGUUAC